GGGAACCCGUCAGGAAGGACAUAAACAAAACAAACCGAGGCAGCAUGGAGAGGGGCCGCGGUCCCUGCCGCCGAGCCCGCGCCGGGCCCUGAGCCGCCCCGACACGCACGGACUCACACAGAAUUGUUAAAAAGAAGAAAGAAAAGCAAAGCAGUGAUCCAAGCAGUUGAAUUAAAGCCUUUCUGGGAAAACCUGCUAUUUAUUGUGAAAAUCAUCUUUCACCUUGAAGUUAAAAAUAAAGCUGGAAAGAACCUUACAAACGAGAAAAAGAAAGAAGUUUGGAAUUGGACUCACAGAUCUGGGCUUGGAAAUGCCUCAGCCUAGUGUAAGCGGGAUGGAUCCGCCUUUUGGGGAUGCCUUUCGAAGCCACACCUUUUCGGAACAGACUCUUAUGAGCACAGACCUCUUAGCAAACAGUUCAGAUCCAGAUUUCAUGUACGAACUGGACAGAGAGAUGAACUGUCAACAAAAUCCUAGAGACAACUUCCUUUCUUUGGAGGACUGCAAGGACAUUGAAAAUCUGGAGUCUUUCACGGACGUCCUGGAUAAUGAGGGGGCGCUAACCUCCAACUGGGAACAGUGGGACAUGUACUGUGAAGAUUUGACGAAGUACACCAAGCUGACCAGCUGUGACAUCUGGGGAACCAAAGAAGUGGAUUACUUGGGCCUUGAUGAUUUUUCUAGCCCGUACCAAGACGAGGAGGUCAUAAGCAAAACCCCCACGCUGGCUCAGCUGAACAGCGAGGACUCUCAGUCUGUUUCCGAUUCCCUGUACUACCCCGAGUCCCUCUUCAGUGUCAAGCAAAACCCCCUGCCGUCCUCAUUCCCCGGGAAGAAGAUCUCGAGCAGGGCCGCCGCCCCUCUGUGCUCCUCCAAGACUCUGCAGGCGGAGGUCGCUUUGUCAGACUGUGUCCAGAAAGCCAGUAAGCCCACCUCAAGCACACAGAUCGUGGUGAAGACCAACGUGUUUCUCAACGAGAAGGUGAACUUCCAUGUGGAGUGUAAAGACUAUGUGAAGAAGGCCAAGGUGAAGGUCACCCCUGUGCAGCAGAGCCGGCCCCUGCUGUGCCGCCUUCACCCAGACCCCGCGAAGGAGAGCGCCUGCCUCUGUGGCACCCCCACCCGGCGGCCCGACAAGAAGGCUGUGCAGCCUGCCCAGGGCCACACCAUCCCAGCGUUGCCUUUCAAAGAGACCCACGAACUGUUACUCAGCCCUCUGCCCCGGGAAGGGCCGAGGGUCGUCGCUGCUGCCGGAGAGAGUAGCAGACUUUCCGCCAGCGUGGCCCUCUCUGACUUAUCCCAGAAAAAGGAAGAGCACAAUUACUCCCUCUUCAUCGCCGACGGCUCAGGUGAACAGCCAACCAAAUGCAGUCCUAAAGACGAUGAAGAGGACGAGGAGGAUAUUGACGACGAUGACGAGGACCAUGAUGAAGGAUUUGGCAGUGAACACGAACUUUCUGAGAACGAGGAAGAAGAAGAGGAGGAGGAGGAUUAUGAGGACGACAAGGACGAUGAUAUUAGCGACACGUUCUCUGAACCAGGCUAUGAAAAUGAUUCUGUGGAAGACUUGAAGGAGAUGACAUCAAUAUCCUCCCGGAAGAGAGGGAAGAGAAGGUACUUUUGGGAGUACAGCGAGCAGCUCACGCCCUCGCAGCCAGAGAGGAUGCUGAAGCCAUCUGAGUGGAGCCGAGAGACUUUACCAAGCAACAUGUACCAGAAAAACGGCUUCCAUCACGGGAAAUAUGCAGUAAAGAAGUCGCGGAGAACUGACGUGGAAGACCUGACUCCAAACCCUAAGAAACUCCUCCAGAUAGGCAGUGAGCUGCGGAAACUUAACAAGGUGAUUAGCGAUCUGACUCCCGUCAGUGAGCUUCCCUUGACAGCCCGGCCACGGUCAAGGAAGGAAAAAAACAAGCUUGCCUCCAGAGCUUGUCGGUUAAAGAAAAAAGCCCAGUAUGAAGCUAAUAAAGUGAAAUUAUGGGGCCUCAACACUGAAUAUGAUAAUUUAUUGUUUGUAAUCAACUCCAUCAAGCAAGAGAUUAUAAACCGAGUACAGAAUCCAAGGGAGGAGAGAGUACCGAACAUGGGGCAGAAGCUUGAGAUCCUCAUCAAAGAUACUCUUGGUCUCCCCGUGGCUGGGCAAACCUCAGAGUUCGUUAACCAGGUGUUGGAGAAGACUGCGGAGGGCAACCCCACCGGGGGCCUGGUGGGGCUGAGGAUGCCGAGCUCCAAGGUGUAACUGGACCCGUCAGAGCUGUCUGUGUUCCUCCAGUUGGUCACUGUAAAUUUCCAUUCUGUUCUGCAUGUCAGUUUAGCAUUAUGUAAACAUUUACAAUUAGGUUACAUUGUUUUAAGAACUAAGUAGCAUAAGUGGAGCAUGGUCCAAAAUACUUGAUUAUCACAUUCUCAGAGCAUAAACCUUGCUGAGAAAGGGCUGCUGGAAUCAGAAUGGAAACCGACGCGCUUCGGUAAACAUUUAGGUACAGAUCACAAAGAGUCUGUGAGAGCAAAACAUUUGGGCCGAGAGCAGACGGUCGCACAUGCCAAAUACUGUGGUAGGUUUAUGCUCUGAACCACACACACAAAAUUGAGGAAGCAUUUUUUAAACAGUCAUUUUAGAUUGUUUUUAGAAUUCCGGCUUUUUGUUCUGAUUUUCCACAACCAUUAAUCUCACUUGUAUAUGGCCCAACCCAGCACUCAUGUGCCAUAUUAGAUGUUCAUUUUCCGAGCUCAAUAUGGUAUAUAUAAAUACAUAUAAAAAUAUAUAUGUAAUGUCUGUGCAAGUAAGAAAAAAAGCAUAUUCUUUGUGCCUUGUAUUUUGGGGAAAACUAUAAAAACUGGUAAUAUUUUGUAUGAUGAAAACCCUAAUGGGACAAACAAGAUCUACCGAUGGAAAAAUUACGGGGUUUAAACGUUUUUUGUUCCAACUCUUUUUCAAAUUUUUUGAAUGUAUAUAGAACUACGUUGAAAUGUAGAUACAUGCCACAGAGUCUGUGUAUUGUAUAAAAAAAACAAAACAAAAAACCACAAAAAAAGAUGGCUCUAGAAAACUCCUAUUUCGGUAUUUGACCGGAAGAAGACAAAUACUUGCACAUUAUUGUGAUUGUUUUAUUUUUUGUACCAAAGAUAAAUGCAACUGAUAUGGCAAACUGCCAGUCUAAGUAAAGUUUUGCACAGCUUACAUGAUACUGUAUGAAUGUAUGAAACAAAAGGAGAAAACAGAAGAAAGGUCAGGGUUAGGGAUCUUACUGAACUGUGAAUUUUAUUUCUGUUUGGGUCCAAUUAUCUACAGAAGGAGCAUCCACACAUACAUAUUACUUUGCUGUUCCUCUAGUUUGCUUCCAUAGUAGAUAACUUGGUGGCCGUGUAGGUGUCUGUAAGCCCUUUUCUUUCUGCACAUAUUGUAGGAAAUUUUAAUAUAUUUCAUUUUAGUAAGCUAUUGGUAAAAUAGUUUUUGACCUUGAAAAUUUUAAGAGUUUAUUUAGUUUCAUGUAGUAUGCGUCCUCCAAACAACCAAAAUACAGAUUAUUUUUAUUGUAUUAUGUAUAUAUAUGUAAAGAAAGGCGAAAAGCUAAAAAUAAUCAAAUUCUUUAGUUGCCACUUUUCCAAUUGACGUAUUAUCGUGCAUGUAAUAUUUUCGAAGAUCAACACAAGCUUAAAACAAUUUAUAGAUUUUUAUAUUUUUGUACAGGUAUUUUCAGACGAGCUUCUUCAGACUUACGUGUGACUUCUAUAGUUUCUAGAACCGAGAAAUAUUAACACUUAGUUCUAGGUGCUCUUUGGGCUCCCAUGCAGCGGCUUCCCUAGCCAGUGUUGUACCUGUGUCACAGCUUUACCUCUUGACGAGACGUGUCUUGUGUCCCGGCAGCGUUAUAAACCUUCCUCACAGACUCUUCAUCCCGUCUCCCUGACUGUUCUCGAAUCUUGUACUUUGAACUCUGAAAAUUGUUGGCUUCAAAGAUACAGUUAAGAGAGAAAACUCCUGUCUAGCCAGAAGUGAAAAAACCAAAAACUUCCAACUUAGCUGCUGGGAAAGGAUCUGUUUCUCCGACUCUUUCUCUUUCCCCUGCCCCUUGGAGAUCCCAGUCUUUUCCUGUUUGUCUCCGAAGCGUGUCCCCUUUUCUUUCACAUUCCCCGCCCCGCUCCCAUUUUGUGUUGCUUACAGCUUAGAGAGUUAACAGAGGCUUCAUUCUAAAACACACAGUGAGGACUCUCCGGUGUUGCUUGUCUGUUCUUUGACAUCGUGAGACAGAAACUAGGGAAGGAUUGUCUCAGCAUCGCAGCUGAACAGUAAUGCACUCGGGUUGCCUGUGCGCUUGGUGAGACCGAGGGGUUUUUGCUUUCCCGCUGACUGGGCAGUGAGCCCGACGGGCCGGGUUCAUGGAAUGCAGUGCAUGGUAGAAAGCUGUUCCCACUUUGGGAGGGCGAAGGCAAAGCACAGGUUUCUGCUUGGGGUAGGUGAAGGCUUACCAGGGCGUGUCUGGUAAACAGAAUCAUAUUCCAAAAUAACGGCAGUUUUGCAGUCAGGUGAAAAUCACUUUAUGAUAGAGAUUCAGCUGAUGAGGUUUAUAAAAUUGCCCCUUUGUAGCUGCUCCGUUAGAAAUUCUGGUUUUGAUACUUUUUUCCUGUCUGCAAACCAGAAUUUGAUUUUGGGGUCUUGCAUUUCAAAAUAUAAGACUUUGAAUCGUUUCGUAGAUUCCCUAUCCUUGCAUUUCAGUGUUUUAUAAGUACUACUUAAGUUAAAUAGUCAAAAGCUUUUCAAUAGUUGAGCUUUUUAAUGUUGACACUUUAUUUUGUACCUAUUUAUAUAUGUAUGUAUAUCUUAGAAGAGCACUUUGUUAAAAAAAAACAACAAAAAAACGAGCAUUUUAUAUGAUUCCUGCCAUUUGCUGCUAAAUCUGGGCUGGUGAGAAUGCUGCAGCGAUACUUGAUCUCCAUAAACCCUGGCAGUCAAAUGUAGAGUGCAGGUGACACCCUCUUGCUGUUGGACUCGGUCCUAAAGAUGACGUAGGCAAGCUGUGCAGCUUUACGUUUUAACCAGGGGACUCUGUGGCAUUUCGAAACCGUCUAGACGUGGUUGUACUUUGAUGCCAGUAAUAAUCUGCUUCCUCUGUUGUCAUUAAAAUGUAUACGUGUUGUGUAUCACACAAACAGAUCUUACAAGGGUGACGGACAAACCCCAGCCAGUGUACAUGUUCUGUUUUUGAAAAUUGUGGCAUGUAUUUCCGGGUGAAAACCAUGAGGGAAGAAUUCUCUCCAAGUUCUGUGUGUUCAUACAUGGUACACAGAGGGUUCAUCAUGAGGUCCAGAGUCUUACUCAAAGCGAAGGCAUUGUGAAUUCACCUCGACUAAGCCCAUGGUUCCAAAACAGUGAUAAACUUUGACCCUACCACUACUACGACAAAAAAUAAAAAUAAAAAAGACAAAAAAGUUCUUCCUCGUUUCAGACACACUGGAUUCUUUACCGCGUUUGUCUGCGUAUGAAAGCAUGCUGUCCAGUUGUUCUUGCUAAAAUCGUGUCUGAGUUUUGAAUUGGGUGCCACACUUUCUCAGUCCAUACGAUUGCUUUGUUCUCCUGUACCAUGUAUGAUUCUUGUCCUUCCCUAUAUCCUUCAUGACAGAUUAUGAUGUGGCUUUAUAUUGUGCCUUACUUGUACAUUUAAAACGAAACGUCGUCAUUCCCUUCCACUUGCUAAAUCUUUCCCUUUUGACCUUUCUGGUAAGAGAAUCAGAGCUAUUAUAAAACCAUCAUGAAGGAUUUCAGGUGGGCAUGGUUUCCAAUUCCCCUUCUUUAGAGCUAUUUUAUAUUUGUAUGGAAGACCAGUUUGAGUGGUCUUUGACUCUGAGGGGGAGGAAGAACAGAACUCUCGCUCUGCCCCCAUUUCUGCACUAGCAUACAUCUUCCUUCUGAUGCUUGACUUGAUUUGCUCCUCGCAAUGGUCUGCAUUUAAAGAAAGGUGUGUUCAUUUCAUCUGUUUGAAAUUGACUAUUUCGUUUUUCCAGGAUUUUUUAGGAGAACAGUCCCCAUUUUGUUUGUUUUAUAAAACAGAUGAUAAGUCUCUUUAAAAAGAAACAGAAGUAUAGUACUUUUGAAAUACAAUGCUGUUUGGAUUUCUUUUUUUAUAUAUAAUAUUCAUACAAUUACCUGAUGUUUGCCUUCAUUAAUAAAGCUGUUAGUUUAUUCACCAAAACGUCAAGGAUGGAUGUGCUUUUUUUUUAUUCCACAUGUUUAAAAUUAUUUUAGCUGCUACGAUUUAGUUACCUUUCUAAGAAAUGAAUUCAAGUUGCCUUCAGCAGGAAUUGACAAAACUUUAUGUUCCCUUUCUUUCUAGAGUCUUUCUAAAGUUCUGUUUAAGUAUUUUCUAGUUGAUUAUGUAACAGAAUGUUAGCAUCUCUCCGAAUCUUGAAACUUGAAUUUUGGGAAUGCAUUGAAUCCUUCUUUCAGUGUUAAGAGGUUUCAACUGUUCUUCUAGUGAAGUCUGUUGUGGAAUACCAUUUCCCAUGGAACCGAGGCCAUUUCCACAACUUUGCACAGUCCUGCAGUCUUGUUCUUCCCUUGGAUCACGAUAUAUAAGUCUCACACAGUGCCGUAAUACUUCUGGAUUCUUUUGUAAUCUUUGUAAUCUUAACAAGGGCAUUAUGAGAAGAUGACUCCGUGUUUUUUUAAUAUUUCAAACAAAAUGGGAUGUAACAGUGAAUGUCAACUGUAGGAAUGGUUGUUUCGUUUUAGGAAUAUAAGCAUGUGAGGAAAGAUGAUUAAAAUGUACUACUGAGAGUUUCACACUUCAUAGGCAAGUGGGAUUAUGUGUUGAAGCAUAAUCCUCGUGCCAGUAAAUUGACUAAAAUGGCAGAAAUUCCAUCACAGAACUGAAUUAUGCCAAAUUGCCACUUUUGUUUAGGAAAGAGAGAUCUGGGGUAGUCAGAGGCGAACAGAACCUUAAACCUACUCUUGGGAUUGAAGACUUGGCGGCUGGUGAGAACUUGAGAGUUGGGUAUUUCAGUGUGCCAAGUUUGGGGGGACCCAGUUUGCCUCUUUCUCAGCAGUGUAAACACAGUGGUGUAGUCCAUUCAGUCCGGGAUGGCAGGCAGCAGCACUGAUACUGUCUUGCCUGUCACCCGGGGUCUUUUUUUUUUUUUUCAGAACCAAAUAAUAGAAAUCUGUGUGUGUGUGUGUGUGUGUGUGUGUGUGUGUGUGUGUACUGUAUCUGCCUUUCCACCCCAUUUUUAUGACACUGUAUUCCACUGCCUGCUUUUUUUUUAACCUUCGUUUCCUCCGAUUCAUCCUAUAACUCAGCACUUGUGGUGAAACACCAGGGCUGACCACACAUAAGAAGUGAAAAGCGUAGAAGGGCAAGAAUUCAAAGCAUCUGUUCACACAAUGUCACAGCUUCAUUUGCAUAGUCGCGUAGGAUCCUAUUUGUAAUACUCUCAUAAAUAUUCUGUAGUUUUGUUCCCUCCCCAUACUGGAGCUAUGAGCCCUUUUCUUGGAUUCAGUCUUGUCUUUUGUCUAGAAAGAAUUUUAUCUUGUUGACGCAUGAGCUGUUUAAAAAUUAUUCUAUUAAAUGUUGGUUAAUAGUUGUGCAGUUUUCUUUUCAGAAGAAAAGGCAUAUCAGAUGUUGCCUUUGUUUUCUGUCACCUUCCAACCGCUCAGCACUUCUAGUCAGAUACAGAUUCAUCAGUGUAUGCAACAUCCUUUGUAAUUUAAAAUAAAAAAAUGAAAAGCUUUUG